CAAGCUGACCUCCCAUUGGUCUUGGAAAAUGGCAAAUGUGUGAACCAUCCUGAUAUGUUGCUUCAUCUUUGGUAGUGAAUUCUGGGAGAACAGCCAUUUUUGUCUCCUGGUUGGCACGUUUGAAGCACAUGUACAAUAACAUCACUAGUGAGGAUGAAGAGUCAGUAACGGCCAUCACUGAACACAUUUUAAGGAUUUCUUGCUGUCGUCUAUUGGCAGUGACAAUCGGGUGUGUAUGAAACCAGGCAAUGUCCACCAUGGUGUAUCCACGUGAAGAAGCCCUGGAGCGACUGAGCCAGGAUGAGAUUGUUCUCAACACAAAGGCCGUCAUGCAGGGCCUGGAGACGCUGCGUGGCGAACACGCACAGCUCCUCAACUCGCUGUUGGACUGUGCCCAGCCACCCGUCGCCCAGGAGAAGUCUGGGCUGCUCCGCAAGAGUCUGGAGGCCAUCGAGCUCGGCCUGGGAGAGGCACAGGUGAUCAUCGCCCUGUCCAGCCACCUGAGCGCUGUGGAGUCAGAGAAGCAGAAGCUGCGUGCUCAGGUGCGUCGGCUCUGCCAGGAGAACCAGUGGUUGCGGGACGAGCUGGCAGGAACGCAACACAAGCUGCAGUGCAGCGAGCAGAGCGUCGCCCAGCUGGAGGAGGAGAAGAAGCACCUGGAGUUCAUGAAUCAGAUCAAGAAGUUCGACGAUGACGUGUCGCCCUCAGAGGAGAAGAGCCAGACCUCUGGCGGUGGCAGCGGCGGGGACACUUCAAAGGACAGUCUAGAUGACUUGUUCCCCAACGACGAUGAGCAGGGACCAGCGCAGCCCAGUGGAGAGGUGGCAGCUCAGCAGGGAGGCUACGAGAUCCCAGCCCGCCUCAGGACGCUGCACAACCUGGUGAUCCAGUACGCCUCCCAGGGGAGGUAUGAGGUGGCGGUGCCGCUGUGCAAACAAGCCCUGGAGGACCUGGAGAAGACGUCCGGGCACGACCACCCUGAUGUAGCCACCAUGCUCAACAUCCUGGCCUUGGUGUACAGAGACCAGAACAAGUACAAAGAAGCAGCUCAUCUCCUGAACGAUGCCCUGAAUAUCAGAGAGAAGACACUGGGGAAGGAUCACCCGGCUGUGGCCGCAACCCUCAACAACUUGGCUGUGCUGUACGGCAAGAGGGGCAAGUACAAGGAGGCAGAACCCCUCUGCAAGAGAGCGCUGGAGAUCAGAGAGAAGGUGCUGGGGAAGUACCACCCAGAUGUGGCCAAGCAGCUGAACAACUUGGCACUGCUGUGUCAGAACCAGGGAAAGUACGACGAGGUGGAGUACUACUACAGACGAGCCCUGGAGAUCUACGAGUCCAAACUGGGAGCUGAUGACCCCAACGUGGCUAAAACCAAAAAUAACCUGGCUACAUGCUACCUGAAGCAGGGGAAGUUCAAAGAUGCCGAGGCUCUGUACAAAGAGAUCCUGACCAGGGCGCAUGAGAAGGAGUUUGGAUCUGUCAAUAGUGACAACAAGCCAAUCUGGAUGCACGCAGAGGAGCGAGAGGAGAGCAAGGGUAAACGCAAGGACUCUGGCCCCUAUGUAGAGUAUGGAAGCUGGUAUAAAGCCUGCAAGGUGGACAGCCCCACAGUAAACACAACCCUCAAAAGCUUGGGAGCUUUGUACCGUCGCCAGGGCAAACUGGAGGCAGCAGAAACACUGGAGGAGUGCGCCAGCAAGUCACGUAAACAGGGUAUCGAUGCUAUUAACCAGAGUAAGGUGGUGGAGCUGCUGAAGGACGGGGCAGUGGGAGGGGGCGACAGACGACACGGCAGGGAAGGAAUCAGCGGACCAGGGGGGCAGCGGGGGGACGGCGAGGGGGACGACUCCGCUGAGUGGAACGGGGAUGGUAAUGGGUCUCUGCGUCGCAGCGGCUCCUUCGGGAAGAUUCGCGACGCCCUGCGACGGAGCAGUGAAAUGCUGGUGAAGAAGCUGCAGGGGAGUGGACCUCAAGAACCACGCAACCCAGGAAUGAAGAGGGCAAGCUCGCUCAACUUCCUCAACAAGAGCACCGAGGAGACCACACAGGACGCCAACUCUGGACUGUCGGACUGCAGGGGACUCAGCGCCAGCAACGUGGACCUAUCCAGACGCAGCUCCCUGAUUGGUUAGACAGAGACAGGAGGUGGGCCUCGGAGGCCCAGGGCGGCCGAUGAGGAGAGGCUGUUUGCAGCUUGGUUUCACCAAACAAACACACUUAAAGCUCAAAAGCAGAGAUCAAACACUUGCGCCUGCAGCAUCUUUUUCUUUUUGUUUGUUUUAAAGAACAAUGAAAAACAUAUUACCACACUAAAUGUCACCGCUGCUGCUCUGUACAAACCGCUGUCAUCCAUCAGAAAGGAGAAUGUCGAACUACGCGUUUAUCAGCAUGCUGCUUACUAGAAAGUGGAAUGUCUGCACCCGAACGCACCGUAGCAAAGCAUCAUAUCCCCGUUGUGACACGCCUGUUUCCCUGAUAUACACAUCUGUGCAGACAUUCAGCUGUAGGUAGGCUAAACGUACUCCAGUUUCCGUUCAGACAUAGCACUCAGUAUAUCUCACCAGUAGUAUGAAGUGUUUGCUGACACUACCCAUCCACUGAUUGCACAUCAUAGAUGGUGUGAUCUGAUCAGAUUUUAACUGCAAUGAAGGAGAAAGAGAACAGAAUACAAGCAGUCUUUGUGGAUUUUCAACAAACAAUAGCACUAACCAUUUACACCUCACUGUUGGUCUUCUUGUUUUCUGUGUAUAUACAGUUUUAAAUUAUUGAUUCUGUUUCAUUCUUUGUAUAUAGUGCACAUUGACUUGUUUGUUCUCUUGUGUUUACACAUUAUUGGGUCAAAGCGGGUCUCAGUUGGCAAAAAUACUACUUAUUUGGAGGAGAUGGCUGGAAAGAAGGAAAGAGGGCGAGGAAAAACUGAAAUGGGAACUUGUUUAACUGUCAAUGAAAAGGUCAGAAAUGCUGAAUUUAGUACCUCAAUCACUGAAAUCAGCUGAUAUUUGCUCUGAGCCACCAGACCAUCAAGGUUCCAGUCUGAACUGUUCAAAGCACUUUGAGCAAGACAGUACUGUGUAUCCUGUAGUAGUUUGCACUGGCUCUUCUACUAAAAGAAAGUUUCCAAAUGAUUUGUUUGGUGCCAGUUGUUUGGAAAAUAAAAUAAAAAAAAUAAAAAAAGGGCCAGAAAGCUCGUUUGAAGGUAAAGCUAAACCUCAGUCGUCUCUCCUAAAUACUACCUAUGUGGUACUAGAGGAGCACUGCUCAAACACUAGUCAGUGCUUUCCCCGCUGUAACCUCUUAAUGAGAUAUAUAUAUAUAUUUUUGUAUUGAGAAAACUUAUGAAAGGAAAAUUCUGUGGGUGAGAGAAAAGGCUUGUUUACAAUUAUUAAAGUAGCAAACUCAAGGCGCGAUCAAACCCUUUUUAAAAAUGUAACUGUCUUAAUUAUUUGCCUGGAAGUUGAUGCAGUGCGUCAGCUACAGUGUGUUUACCUUCAUUAACAGGAUUCCCUUUGUCCAUCCGUUUACUGUUCUCAAUACUGACUUUGAUGGAUUUCAUCAGCCGUAAUCAAUCACAGAAAUCUGACUAACGAAUCUCCAUCAUCAGUGAUUUUUGUUGUGCUUACUUUUUUCCUGUUAUGAGAUUGAAGACACUGAAAUGAUGUAUUUGUUGAAUUUUAUGUCGGUUGUGUGGUGCGAUGGCAUUUACUCUGUUGUUGUUGCGAUCAGCUCGAACAAAAUGAGGCCAAUACCAAGAGAAACUGUCCGCAGGAUGUACGUCUCCUAAAUUUUCUAAUUCAAGAUGGUCAAACAGGUGAAUGGGCAGGGGAGACAGGUUUGCAGUGAAGGUGCUCGGUCACCGUUGGCGCGUGCACGCCAUCGCAGUGGGCCUAAACAAACUGAGGUUCCGCUUCUUGACAUCAGCUUUGUUAAAUAGCUGAGUCUAGAGAGCGCUACUGUAACUAUCAGCUUGUGAUUGAGCGGGGUGGUGAUGAGCAUGGUUUGUAAUAAAGGAAGAGGAGUAAUAAAGUUUGUUAAACCAGGAGUAAAACAUGAAAGUGCUUUGGAACAGUGUUGGGGAACGAGAAGCGCUGUGUCGAUUGUAGCAAAUGAUGUACGGAGCGAUCAGCAUUUGACCUUUUAUGUGUUUAUGGUGUGUAACAUCCACACACAAGUAUGAUGGGAAAGUCCUUUAAUCACACACACACACACACACACAUACACGUAGCUGUGUACAAAGUUAGUAGAAAACUUUAUUGUAGUUGAAUUGUAGUGCUCUUUCUCACUACAGUAUACACAUCAUAAUACCUGUACUAAUCAAUACUUUACUAUAAUAAUCGGUCCCUUCUGCUGAGUUGGAGCAGCGUUGGUCCUCUCCUGGGAAUCUCUGGAACUGGAAGCUUCAAAGCACUGUUCUGCUCAUUAAACUGAAAACGGUUACACUUGUAAAUAUUUGUCAAAUGUCUGUUGCUGGUGGAUUUUCAUUAAAAGCAUCAAGGAUA